GAACUUGAUAUUCUUACUACAAAACCUUAAAGCAAAAUAUUUUUUUAUUCAAAUAUAGAAAUAAGAUGGCUAAUAAUAAUCAUAAGUUUGAAUAUUUUGUUAAAGAAUAUCCUAUUUUGUUUGAAAAGAGUAAGGUACCAGAAGUGUGGCAAGAUCUGAUGGCUACUGUUUUCAACAACCAAUUCGAUAGUUUAAAAAAUGUAGCUUUACAUUUAAAAGAAGAUCAAAAAUGGUAUCCAUCAAGUGACAAAAUGUGGAAUUUUACGAACUUUUGUUGUCCUCAAUGUGUUAAAGUUAUUAUAGUCGGUCAAGAUCCAACUUCUGAGCCCACUGGUUUGGCAUUCAGUAGUAGAGGUAAAAUUUAUAAUUCUACAAUAAAUAUAUUAAAAGAAGUUAAAGACGAUAUCGGUAUACAAAACCUUAGACCAGAAUUUCAAGGAGAUUAUGGAAAUCUAGAAUACUGGGCUAAGCAAGGAGUACUUCUUCUAAAUUCAACUCUCACAAAACGUAUUGGUGACGACUCCCAUUUCAAAAUAGGUUGGAAAGGGAUUACUGGGGAAUUGAUUAAGCAACUACACUUCAAUAACGAGAAAUUGGUAUGUAUGUUUUGGGGACAGCGCGCCAAAGACGUAAUUAACUUAUGCAACGUCCUAACUACAGGACAUCCAUCUAGAAACCCAAAGAAAAAUUUUUUCGGAUGUAAACAUUUUUCACAAGCUAAUAAAUGGCUAAAAGAUCAUGGUAUUGCUGAAAUAGAUUGGUGCCCUGUUCCAAAAACAUGUCCUAUUCCAACUACAUGUGUGCACUUAAGUGGUGAUUCAAGUGAAUUGGAUAAUUCAAGAAAUUACAUGGCUAAUAAUAAUCAUAAGUUUGAAUAUUUUGUUAAAGAAUAUCCUAUUUUGUUUGAAAAGAGUAAGGUACCAGAAGUGUGGCAAGAUCUGAUGGCUACUGUUUUCAACAACCAAUUCGAUAGUUUAAAAAAUGUAGCUUUACAUUUAAAAGAAGAUCAAGACUGGUUUCCAUCAAGUGACAAAAUAUGGAAUUUUACGAAAUUUUGUUGUCCUCAAUGUGUUAAAGUUAUUAUAGUUGGUCAAGAUCCAACUUCUGAGGCCACUGGUGUGGCAUUCAGCAGUGAAGGAAAAAUUUAUAAUUCUACAAGAAAUAUAUUAAAAGAAGUUAAAAGCGAUAUAGGUGAAGAAAAUCUCAGAAAAUUUAAAGAAGAUUAUGGAAAUCUAGAAUACUGGGCUAGGCAAGGAGUGCUUCUUCUAAAUUCAGCUCUCACAAAACAUAUUGGCAACAAUUCCCAUCUCAAAAUAGGUUGGAAAGAUAUUACUGGGGAAUUGAUUAAGCAAUUACACGUCAAUAACGAGAAAUUGGUAUGUAUGUUUUGGGGACAGAGCGCCAAAAACGUAAUUAACUUAUGCAACGUCCUAACUACAGGACAUCCAUCUAGAAACCCAAAGAAAAAUUUUUUCGGAUGUAAGCAUUUUUCACAAGCUAAUAAAUGGCUAAAAGAUCAUGAUCUUGAUGAAAUAGAUUGGUGCCCUGUUAAAAAAUCAGGUCCCGUUCCAAAUACAUGUGCGCACUUAAUUGUUGAUUCAAGUGAAAUUGAAAAUUUGGUUCAAAACAAAUUGAGCAAGUUGAGCAUAAGUGAAUAAAAUAAGGGUGAAUAAUUUAAGUGGAAUUGUAUCUUUAUGCUUAUUGAAUGUUUUAUUUAUUUUUGUGUACGAUAGUUAUAUGCAUUACCGUAUAUUAAAUCUGCUGCAUUAGU